CUAGAGAGGGGGCGACGGCGGUGGCGGUGGUCUGAGGAGGCCCGAGUGGCGGCGGCGGCGGCGGCGGCCGAGGCGGAGCUUGGAGAGGUGUGGCUGGACCAAGACCUCCCUCAAUGUGAGCAAGCUUCCUUCCGCCGCCUCCUGUUGCCACCACGCCAGGGAACAUCCUCAAGCCCUGGCCCUCAGGGGAGAGGUGACAGGAGCCCAGAGCCGAGACCAUGUGACGGCGCUGGCCCUCGCCACCGCCGUCCCCCCCACCCUGGCCCCAGGCCCGGCACCAUGAUGUUCCGAGACCAGGUGGGCAUCCUCGCUGGCUGGUUCAAGGGCUGGAAUGAAUGUGAGCAGACGGUGGCCCUGCUGUCACUUCUGAAGCGGGUCACCCGCACCCAGGCCCGCUUCCUCCAGCUCUGCCUGGAGCACUCGCUGGCUGACUGCAAUGACAUCCACCUGCUGGAGUCGGAGGCCAACAGUGCUGCUAUCGUCAGCCAGUGGCAGCAGGAGUCCAAAGAGAAGGUGGUGUCCCUCCUGCUGUCCCACCUGCCCCUGCUCCAGCCGGGCAAUACAGAGGCCAAGACAGAGUACAUGAGGCUGCUGCAGAAAGUGCUGGCCUACUCCAUUGAGAGCAAUGCCUUCAUCGAAGAGAGCCGCCAGCUGCUCUCCUAUGCCCUCAUCCACCCGGCCACCACCCUGGAGGACCGCAAUGCACUGGCCCUCUGGCUGAGCCACUUGGAAGAGCGGCUGGCUAGCGGCUUCCGCACCCGGCCUGAACCUACCUACCACUUGCGCCAGGGCUCAGAUGAGUGGGGGGGCCCUGCAGAGCUGGGUCCUGGGGAGGCAGGAUCCGGCUGGCAGGACAAGCCACCCCGGGAAAAUGGACACGUGCCCUUCCACCCACCCAGCUCAGUGCCGUCAACCAUCAACAGUAUUGGGAGCAAUGCAAACGCAGGUCUCCCCUGCCAAAUCCACCCCAACCCACUGAAGCGCUCCAUGUCACUCAUCCCUACGAGCCCACCGGGCCCUGGUGAGUGGCCCAGUCCAGAAGAGCUCGGGGCCCGGGCUGCCUUCAGCACGUCCGACCACGCGCCCCUCUCGCCCCAGAGCAGCGUGGCCUCCUCUGGCAGUGAGCAGACGGAGGAGCAGGGCUCCAGCCGGAACACCUUCCAGGAGGACGGCAGUGGCAUGAAAGAUGUGCCCUCUUGGCUCAAGAGCCUCCGCUUGCACAAGUACGCGGCCCUCUUCUCCCAGAUGAGCUACGAGGAGAUGAUGACACUGACUGAACAGCACCUGGAGUCUCAGAAUGUCACCAAAGGUGCCCGCCACAAGAUAGCUCUGAGCAUCCAGAAGCUGCGAGAGAGGCAGAGUGUCCUCAAGUCCCUAGAGAAGGAUGUGCUGGAAGGUGGCAAUCUGCGAAAUGCUCUGCAGGAGCUGCAGCAGAUCAUCAUCACCCCCAUCAAGGCCUACAGCGUCCUCCAGGCCACCGUGGCUGCUGCCGCUGCUGCCACCCCUACUGCCAAGGACGGGGGCCGGGGGGAGCUGCCGCUGCCGGGUGCCGAGCCUCCCCUGGCCCAUUCCAGCACAGACAAGGGCACUGAGGCCAAAGACCCUUCAGCUGCAGAGAGCUACCCACCUCCACCAACUCCGGCUCCCACCGAUGGCAAUGAACCAGCCCCGGCUCCUGUCGCCGACGGAGACAUCCCCAGCCAGUUUACACGGGUGAUGGGCAAAGUGUGCACCCAGCUGCUGGUGUCCCGGCCAGACGAGGAGAACAUCACCAGUUACCUCCAGCUCAUCGAAAAGUGCCUGACUCAUGAGGCUUUCACGGGGACGCAGAAGAAACGCCUGCUGUCCUGGAAACAGCAGGUGCUGAAGCUCCUGCGGACGUUCCCUCGCAAAGCCACCCUGGAGAUGCAGAACUACCGGCAGCAGAAGGGCUGGGCAUUCGGCUCCAACUCGCUCCCCAUAGCUGGCUCUGUGGGGAUGGGGGUGGCCCGGCGGACCCAGCGGCAGUUCCCCAUGCCUCCCCGGGCACUCCCGCCCGGCCGGAUGGGCCUCCUGAGCCCCUCGGGCAUUGGGGGUGUCUCCCCCCGACAUGGCCUCACCAGCCCCAGCCUUGGGGGCCAGGGCCGACAGAACCUGUGGUUUGCCAACCCUGGAGGCAGCAACAGCAUGCCCAGCCAGAGCCGCAGCUCCGUGCAGCGCACCCACUCGCUCCCAGUCCACUCGUCGCCCCAGGCCAUUCUCAUGUUUCCUCCAGACUGCCCGGUCCCUGGGCCUGACCUGGAGAUCAAUCCCACUCUGGAGUCUCUGUGUCUGAGCAUGACAGAACACGCCUUGGGUGAUGGGACAGACAAAACCUCCACCAUCUGA